GUAGGACAAAGUGACAAACAGGUAUGAUGUGUCCGCUAUAAAACAGUGAAAUUCAAGGGGACUAUACCAUAAAACAAGGACUAAGUCAUGUAUAGAUCAUUUCUGAAAUGUGAUGAUCCAAAAGGAGUUGUAGGAUGUGGGACAAUCAGGAAAUACAGAACUCGUUCUCACAAAGGGAAGGACAAGACAAAAAUGCAGAAGACAAGUGAUAUAAUGGAAACAUCCUUGAUCAACAAGAGAUACAAGGAGGAGAAGAAGGUCGCCAAAGAAUGCGAUGGAAAUCUCGUUGGUCCAUCAUCUUUGCAGCUCACAAAGGUCUCCGAAGAGGAUCAUAGCUUGACCAAUAUGCUAGAUUCAUGGUCUAGAGAUAUUAUAUGUGAAGGAAAGUCCGAAGAUAUAGCAAAAGGUAUUUUAAAAGGGGCUCUUGGUCUGCAAGAUUCUCUAAGCAUGCUUCGCAAGUUGCAAGAAGAGGCCGCACAACAUACAGCUCCUUUUGGGAGAAAACAGACUGAGAAAUCAGAAAGAGACAGAAUUGAUGGAAACAAGAUUGGUAUAAGGCAGGCUAAUCCAUUAGGAGAACAAAGUAAUACAAAGGGGUUUCAAAGAUCACAGCUUUCUGCUGGUGGUUCUUCAAGUAACUGCAAAGAGGAACUAAAGAAGGUGAUUAAGGAGAGUUUGGUUAGGCAAAAUAUGUUUCCAAAGACCUCUGACGGAUUUAAUUCAGGUUCAGAAACUUUUCAUAUAAGCACAAGCCAAUGUUUUGGGGUCAAGAAUGACAGCCUUUCUGAUCCUUCUUUAUCAGUAAUAGCUUCAAGGAUUGAAAAAGGACCUAGCCUAGUUUUCAAGCUGAUGGGUUUAGAAGAAGGCCCCUCAAAAUCAUUUCCAGCUGCUAAGCAAAAACUAGUGGGUGGUGAGAUAGAUAAGUCAAAGAUCAGAAACAAUGAUUCUUCUACGGCUGAGAAGGUUAAUCCAGAACUAAAAGUCGUGAGGGAAACUCUUGAGACUACGCAUUUCAAAGGUAUUUUUAAGGAGAAUUUUGUCAAAGAUUCUAAGCUUCAUGUGCAUCAUCAUUUCAAUGACACCAGUUCCAAGCAGUUUGUUGAUUUAUCUCACAUUUCAUCUACGGAACCUCAAUGUACAAUUUACCAACAAUCAGAAAAAAGUGCCUAUAUUCCAGUUCUUCCAAAGGAGUUGACAAAACUGAGAAGAGAAAUACUCUCUUCCAAAACUAUCAAACAUAGAAAAGGUUCCAGUUCCACCAACAUGGGAAAAGAAAUGGAAAAAGGUAUUAGGAAACGGCUUAAGAAAGAGGGAGGACCAAAAUUUCUCAAAGAGGUUACUAAAGUGGAUGCAAAAGGAAACAGUCCUGUUGAAGAAUAUGCGGGUAAGGUAAAACUGUAUUGUCACAUUGGUCACACAUCACAUGUAAAUGAGACAAUUGAUAGAAAAUGGAAGGUACGGCCCAUUAGCAGAAAACAGACAGAAAAGGAUAUCUCACAACCAACAAUUGUGGCAGAACAUCAGUACAAACGAGAAAUCCCCUCCACAAAAUUGAGGAAGCUGAAAAGUGGAUCCAGAAUCGACAAGAAUGAGAUUUCUUGCCUAAAGAGUAGAGGUUCAAACAACAUCUCCACUAAAAAAACUACGAAUUCCAAGGACGUUAAAGUUGAGAAUAAAAAAGUUAAUUCCGUGGUAGAUUCCUUAACAGGUAGAAAGAAUCAAAUGAAAAAACAAAGCCCUGUUGCUGAGCCAGAACUGGCUAAUCUAACUGUUGCACAAACCAGGCAGAUAGAAAAGAAGAAAAAUUACCCCGAGAUUAGAAUCUCAACUAGACUAGAAGAUGAGCUCCUGAUGGUGUGUGAAGCAGAUGCCUUCAUAAAUAAGAUUGGAGAAAAAUGCAAGAUGAGGAAGAGUUCUUCAGGCGAUGAGGUCAUUACGCUGCUCAAAUCUGAACAUAGAAAUGAUGAUAUCAAUGCUUAUAGCAUCGACGGUGACAGAGAAGGGACAGAGCUGAAACAUUUUCUUCUAACGAGUCCAUCAUUCAUAGGACAUGCAAAGAAGCUCUUCAAUCUUGAUGUGGAUCGUCACAACACCCUAGAAAAGGAUGAAACCAUUUACAGCAUUACAAACAUGAGGCUUUACUUGGAUUGCGCUUACGAACUGACAGAACGUAAGAGUCUUCAAGACUCCGAAGUCGUUCGUUCUCUCUUGCUGGCAUGUGGGGGAAACUCAAGAUUACGCAUCUCCUUAUGCAAGUUGGUGGAAGAAAUCUGUGAUGGCAUUGAGAAUCUGAAAUUUUACAGAGAAGAUUAUGAUUGUAGAGAGGAAGAUUUUGCAUACAAUGACACCUUUGCAAUGAUGGAGAAAGACAUGAAGUGCAAGCGAGAGAUAAAUGGAAUGUGGGAAACUGGUUGGAGAACAGGCUUUUGUGCAGACGAGGCUCAACUGGUUGUCAAUAAAAUAGAGAGCCUGCUUAUAAGUGGAUUAAUUGAGGACCUUGUGAUCAAUUUAUUAGCUUAAUUAAAUAUUUACUCAAAUAAUUCGGAAAAAUUAUUGUCUAAUUUUAGUACCUUUUUCCUUUCACAAACUUUUCAUUUCUCUUUAUAUUCUUAUUUGCUAAAUAUACGGACACUCGU